CUUGAUCAUGGACAACUAUGACCCCUCCAGUGCAGCUUAUAAGAAGGCCAGGCGACAGUACUUGAAGACGACAAAGAAUAGAACUAAAGACUUAGAUGCAGAAUGGACCCCAUUCCGAGCAGCGGAGAAAAGAUAUAAAGCACGCUUCCCUCCUCCCGAUCUUAGCCACGUCCUAGAUUUAACAACAGCCACCUGUGAUGCUGAGACACUGGCCAGUGGUCAAAGUUUUUAUUGCAACGGGGUUGAGAUCAAACUUCUUGAUACGAAUGAAUCGACGUCUUCUGGCGUCGGUAAAGCAUUUUCUGUCCCCCGCGUACCAGGUCUUGUUAUACUUCCAUCCUUUGUUUCCCCGCAGGAUCAGCGACGACUAGUGCGAUGGGCUCUUCGUGACCAUGCACGGCAUCCCAAUGAAACAAACCUUGACGCUCAUUACAUCCUGCCCGACGAAGGAUUAUGGAACGCACAUCUUAAUUCAGAUGCACCUUUGGUCAGAAUACGAGCAUGUCCAGAGUCGUCAGACACAGAAUACGGAAACUCUGGACCAAGGCAAUUGGUCUCUAAUACACCGGCUGAUCCCGCCAAUUUUCAGUCGAUGUUGCGUUCACCGAAGCCUCCGCCCGCGCCGUCUCCGACUGUUUCGCCAGCCUCCCCCACUGCACUUAUUUCAAAGUUGCGCUGGGCAAAUAUCGGAUGGUCAUAUCAUUGGGGUAGUAAGCAGUAUGACUUCACCAAGGGGAAAGGUCGUGUCGACAAUGAAAUCGGAGCCAUAUGCAAGCGGGCUGUCUCCAGUGUUAACUGGAAAGAAGUAUUUGGUCAAUCGGAUGAGGAAGGAUGGGGUGAUGAAAAUUGGAGAAGUUGGCAUGAGACAUAUGAACCUGAUGCUGGCAUCGUUAAUUACUAUCAAAUCAAGGACACUCUCAUGGCACACGUAGAUCGCUCGGAAGUCUGUGCUACGUCACCUCUAGUUUCGAUAUCGCUGGGCAACGCCGCUAUCUUCCUCAUCGGUGGUCUCACUAGAGACGUGGAGCCAACGGCGAUUCUUCUUCGCUCGGGUGAUGUUGUGAUAAUGUCAGGACCUGCUUGUAGACGGGCCUAUCACGGCGUUCCCCGUAUCUUGGAGGACACUCUGCCUGAUCACUUCUCCCUAAAAGCGGAUGGCGAAGGAUUCUCUAGUUGGACAUCAUAUGAUUUAUACAUGCGGACAACUCGGAUUAAUAUCAAUGUCCGACAGGUCUUUCCAAAGGGGUUCGAUCCUGGCCUACGAGUGGAGAAUUAAUGAUAUGAUAUUUUUAGUGUCGUUAAACCACUGCAUAAUUCCACUUAUUUAAUCUUCGUUAAUUACCCAUCGCUGAUUAUGGAUAGAGUGGAGAACGCCUUUUACUUUGACAGGCCACGAG